AUGGGAAACGAAGGAAGCAUCGAGGGAAGCGGACAACCCGGAGAACCGGGCUCCAUCUCUAUGGUUGGAGCUCCCGGUUCGUUUUCAGCACCGGGCUCUGGACAGCACAUCAAGCCCGCCAAUGGUGCUGUUGCCGGGGGAGGAAUGGGUGGCGGACCGGGGAUGAAUAGGGUUCCUAUGGGGAGUCCUAAACCUGGGAUGCAGCUUGGCUAUGGAGGGAUGGCUGGAGGAAUGGGUGGAGGGGGAGGUCAGAGACUGGCCAACCAAGAGAGCCACAGGCCGAUGCAGCAAUCUAGCUCAGGCCCCGACCAUGGCUCUGGCCCAGGGAUGGGUGCUGGGAUAGGUGGCUGUCAGGGUCAGCAUGGCCAGAGCCCCGGUCAGCCCGGUCAGCACGCCUCCAGACGGAACCUCCAGGUGGACUUCAGCAGCUCGGGAGGCCGGACGGGCCGCUCCUCCUCAGCGUCUCCGGACCGGGGGAUCACCCCCACCUCGCCCUACUCGGUGCCUCAGAUCGCCCCCAUGCCCGUCAGCAAGCUGUGCCCCCUCUGCUCCACCACAGAGCUGACCCACCCGCCGGCCCUGCCAAACUACAACACCUGCACACAGUGCCGCUCCACCGUCUGCAACCAGUGUGGCUUCAACCCCAACCCCCAUCUCACAGAAGUCCAGGAGUGGCUCUGUCUCAACUGCCAGAUGCAGAGGGCCUUGGGCAUUGACAUGACCACCCCACGCUCCAAGAGCCAGCAGCAGAUCCACUCUCCAUCCCACCAAACCAAACCCAUAGUCCAGCCACCACCUGUUCAGCCAGCUCAGCCAGCAGCCCAGCCAAAACCCCAGCCUCAGCCCCAGGCCCAGCCCCCACCACAGUCAAAACCCCACUCCCAGCCCCAGCACCAACUCUACGGUCAAUCCCAGCCCUAUGGUCAAUCCCAGCCCCAGGCCCAGCCCUAUGGUCAAUCCCAAUCCCAGGCCCAGCUUUAUGGUCAGUCCCAAUCCCAGCCCCAGCCCUAUGGUCAAUCCCAAUCCCAGGCCCAGCCCUAUGGUCAAUCCCAAUCCCAGGCCCAGCCCUAUGGUCAAUCCCAAUCACAGCCCCAGCCCUAUGGUCAAUCCCAGCCUCAGCAACAGCCCUACAACCAAACUCAGCCUCAGCCACAUGGUCAAUCCCAUCCACAGGCCCAGCCACAUGGUCAAUCCCAGACCUAUGGCCAUUCCCAGCCCCAGAAACAGCCCUAUGAUCAAUCCCAGCCCCAACAACAGCCCGACAGCCAAACUCAGCCUCAGCCAUAUGGUCAAUCUCAGCCCUAUGGUCAAUCCCAGCUCCAGCAACAGCUCUACGGCCAAAGCCAACCUCAGCCCCGGCCAUAUGGUCAAUCCCAGCCCUAUGGUCAAUCCCAGCCCCAGCACCAGCCUCAGGCCAAACCCCAAGCUCAGCAUCAGCCACAGACCUCUCCUGGCCUACAGAGACACCCUAUACCCGGCUCUGCCUCCCUGCCCGGGUCAACGACAAGCUCCCCGCAGCACAUCCCAUAUGGCCAGAGAGGGCCUGGAGGUCCCGGCCAGCCCCGGAUCCCCCAUCCUGGGGCAGUCCCCCUAGUGGGCAUGGCCAAGGCUCCCUCCCAGCCAGACCUGGGCCGAGGCUCCCCGCUGCACCAGGGCGGCCGUCAGGCUGCCAGCGCCGGCUCAUCGCCUUCCCAUCGGCCCGCUGCUCCCCAGGGGCAACCGCCCCAGGACGGCCUGACCAAACUGUUUGGCUUUGGGGCAUCGCUCCUCAACCAGGCAGCCAGCACCCUGGCCUCUGUGGACCCCCUCUCAGGGACACCAUCCACCCAGCCCUCCCCUGCCAGGGGUGGGCCUUCCAACAAACAACAAGGACCUCCUGGUGCCAAACCAUUCCAGACGGGUGGCCCCCAUGCACCACAGAUGGGUGGCCCUCAUGCACCCCCGAUGGGUGGCCCGCAAGCACCCCAGAUGGGUGGCCCACAAGCACCCCAGAUGGGUGGCCCACAAGCACUUCAAAUGGGUGGCCCUCAUGUACCGCAAAUGGGUGGACCCCACACACCAACUCAGAUUGGUGGCCCGUAUGCACCACAAAUGGGUGGCCCACAUACAUCAACUCAGAAAGCACCCCAACAGCAGCAAUCACCUGUGCAUCAUCAGAAGGGACCACAGGAACAACAGCAACAGCAGCAGCAGCCGGCCAGACAGGAGCCUGUUCCCAAGCCGGUGGAGCCCGAGAAGCACAAAGUCAAAUGCCCCCUGUGUAAGACAGAGCUCAACAUUGGCAGCACCACUGAGCCGCCUAGCUACAACUCCUGUACCCAGUGCCACACUCAGGUCUGCAACCUAUGUGGAUUCAACCCGGCGCCUCACCUGGAGUGUAGCUGGGAGCUCAAGUGUGGCUCAGAGCCUCAAGUGUGCGUCAAGUGUGGAGCUCAGUGUAGUCAGUGGGGCAGUGGAGCUCAGUUGGUUGGCUCAGGGUGGCUCAAGUGGAGCUUCAGUGUAGCUGCAGUGGGGCUCAGGGUGGCUUUAGUGGAGCUCAGUGUGGCUCACGUGGAGCUGAGUGGGGCUCAGUGGAGCUCAGUGGUGACGUCAGUGGGGCUCAGUGGAGCUGAAUAUGUAGUUCAGUGGAGCAAACAGUGGAGCUCAUGGAACUGA